AUUUGGUUAGAAUGUUUAAACAAAACAUAUCAUUUUGCAACGAACUAUAUCAAAUAUGGUACUGGCAAAAAUAUCUAUUUCGUUUGAUUCCAAUAUAUGGUGGACAAGACAAAGUGGAGGUUGAGAAAAAAAGUAAAGAUACUGCGGAUUGGGCAUUGGAGUUAGUAGCGACGGUAAUAUGGAAUAUAUUUGAGGUGGAUCUUACAGCUUGCAAAGCAGUUGAAGAGACCGUAAUAUUCAUAUGGUUAAGUGGCCGACCUGAUGCUAUAGAGAUCAUUCGAACAUUCCUUACUCGAAUGCUUUUAUUUACCAUCAGAGAAAUGAGGAAUUCUUUUGGGGCCUCUUUUUCAAAGAUAAAACGAGAAAACGUCAUGCGACUGAUAUCCAUAACCGAAGAAAUAUUAUUUAAUCACAGAGAUCUAGCGCAAACCGUGUCGCAAAGACAAACCUGCUAUAGUAAUGGAUAUAAAUCAUCUGGUAGUUACCCAUCUUCAAUUCGCUCCGCAUAUGAAUCUACCAUGCCGUCAUUUAAUAUGCUGAGAUUUGAAGAGACAGUGAUCUCGAAGAUUGAAUCAAAUUUCUCCGUGUUUUCAUCAUCACAAAAGAAUGAGGAUAUGAUAUUUCAAAGUGCAAGUAAUCCCUGGGAAGAGAAUAGUGAACUGGCUGAGAUGUAUUUGGAGAUCGUGGAUAGUUUGGAUAACAAUGGUAAUUGGAAGUUGGAAAUGCCCGCGAGUCGAAAUGAAAUGCCCCCUGGCGAUACUUGUCGUAUGGUAUUGCGCACUCUUAUUUCCGGGAUAACAUUGCACAACCACGUAUUACGUGAACGUACACUUGAAAAACUAAUGGCAUUUGUUGAAAGGCACGUGAGAAUAUCGGAUGGAUCGCCGGUAGACGAACAAAAGUUAUUGGACAAUUUCUAUUGCCUUGACUGUGAUGUCUUUGAACAACAUAUCCUUACGGUGCUUGGAGAAAUUCACGAAGCCUUCAUGCAAAUGCCAAAUGGCGCUUAUGAUCAGAAAACCUUACUUGCGUACUAUUUCAUACUGCACAAAUGUCGUCACUAUUUUGUGAACUUCGUGGACAGUGAAUUCUUCACCACAUCUAUAGAGUCUAUAUGGUCCGGGACGAAAUUCAAUGACCAAGUAUUUAUAAAUUUCGUCACAUCACCCAAUUGGAUUUCCUUACACGACCGAUACGUGGUGCCUGCCAUGAAAACUGCAAGCGAUAAUGAAUUUGCAAUGGUGCGAAAGAUGAUGGAACGGUUUUCAAAAAAAAUUGACAAUUAUAUGAAUCGUUCCAAGAAAGAGGACACCUACUCUUUGAAGUCAGAAGAAAUGUUUGAUAACGAAUUAAACACAAUUGUCAAGGCAUACAGGGAAGAGGAAUCUACGCGUCUCACUAGUCUCGAAGUCGAGAAGAGAAAUGAAGAUUUAAGAAUUUCCAGGCGAUGGCUAUCAAAGUUUCAUGAAUUAACACAAGAACGUGGAGUUUGGUCAUUAGGACGUCAAACAGAUAUUUAUUGGAAAUUAGAUAGAAGGGAAAAUUAUUCGAGAAUGCGUCGAAAGUUGACCAUUAAUUAUGAUUAUGAUCCACACAAAGAAGCUAGCGCCAAGCGAGACAAGACUUCCGUCGCGAAUUCUAACAGUAAAUCCAAGAAUACGAAUAUUCAAAGGAUAAGAAAGGCCGCGAUUCCGGAAACGGGACGGUCUACAACGCCGAUGCUUAAUGCUGUGGAACCUUGGACGGAUUCAUGGGGUUUUACGGGUUCCUCAUUGGUCUCUGAAUCCGAAAGUUUAGAGUCGGAUGAUCAAGAAUGGAACAUUGUCGAUGGCGGUGAAGUGGUGGAUACCGUUGACCUUUCAUCCAAUUCGAAUUUAUUUACAGUGGAAUGCGAGUUGAUAGUCCUAAUGUCGAAUAUAAAGGGUCGACUUGAAUUAACGUCCACUCAUUUAUCAUUUUUAGUAGAUCGAAGGAACUUGUUGCAAGAACUUAACAACAUAGAACAAGGAUCUCUAAUAAUAGAUAGUGAAAUGUUGAGAGACAAAAAAUGGUCAAUUUCGGAUAUUCGUGAAAUCCACAUGAGGAAAUAUUUAUUGAGACGAAGUGCAUUUGAGCUAUUUUUGACGGAUCAAACGAACUAUUUCUUUAAUUUUCCCGAACCCAAGGAUCGACUGCGAUUAUUUAACAAGAUAACAUCACUGAAGCCUCCGUCGAUGCUAAAUCAAGACACUCGUUCGCCGAUCACAAUAUUCCAGCGGUCAAAUCUAACAGAACGAUGGCAGCGUCAUGAGAUUUCGAACUUCGAAUACCUCAUGCAUCUCAACAGCAUGGCAGGACGAUCAUUUAAUGAUUUAACACAAUACUUCGUAUUUCCAUGGAUUCUAUGCGAUUAUGAGUCGGAGACGUUAGACUUAUCGGAUCCAAAAAUUUAUCGAGAUUUAUCAAAACCUAUCGGUGCUAUAAAUCCAGUGAGGUUAGAACAGUUCAUAGAACGAUAUGAAAAUUUUGAUGAUCCAUCGGGAAGAAUAAAAAAAUUUCAUUAUGGGACUCAUUAUUCAAGUGCUGCAACGGUCGCGUGCUACUUGAUCCGGAUGGAACCAUUUACCUCAGUACACAUAUCGUUACAGGGAGGGAA